GAAGUACAUUUUUUUGUCCCCCAACCAUUAUGGUGGCUUUUAACACGUGCUACAGUUAAUCUUCUUCUUUUCCAUUUUUUUCUAACGUUUUUAUCUCUUCCCCACAAAUUCCUUUUCACGGAGUUCUUUGCUGUGGCGUCAAGGUUUUGCGGAUCAAAUUUUACCGUUUCCCGACGGACUUCCGCAGAGAUUUCUCAUCGGCGGAGCCCUGAAUGCAUUUUGAGAAGAGCCAAUUACAGAUUAAAGUCACCCUUCCUAGAAGAUGCUGCGACAUUCAGAUGUGGGUUGCUGCAAGGAUCAUCUAGCCUUAUCAGGUUAAUCACAGUUUUGAUUCACCUGAUCUUACUAAGGGUUGUGACUAAAUUCUCUCAAACUCCAGCCAAUAUUGGUUCACAAAGUAGGAUAUCAGUAAGUCAGUGUACUAGUGAUGCUUAACAGAAGUUUAUCUGCAAUCUGAAAUCCAAUAGCUGAGAUAUGGGAGCAGCCAAAUUUGAUUGCAUUCAGUCUGGAUCUCAGGGGCAGACAAGUAUCGUUGGUUUUGUGUCCUCCUCCAGGAUCUCUUUGGCCUCCGAUGUUAGGCCAGUGGAAAGUAACAUACAACCUUCGAGGAUACCUUCACCAGCCCUUCUGAGUUCAGCAACUGUACAAGAAUGUCCUAUUGGCAAAGACCUGUUUUCUUCUACUUCAGAGAUGCCAGAGAAGAAGGCCAAGCAAGAAGUGACCAGAGAAAAAGGAAAGCAUAUGUUUCACAAGGUUGUUACUGGCAGCAGUCCAGAAAAUCUAAAAUCUGAAAGCUUUAGUCAUAUAAAUAGUAAUGAAAGCUUGUUGAAGGAGUUACCCAACGAUGGCUUGUUUGGUGACAAUGGAGUUCCUUUGACUGAAAUUCUGGACGGGCUUGCAAGUCUGGAUCAGAAUGGGUUUUUCUCCAAUCCCAUGGAUAAUUCUUUUGCAGUGGACUGUUCAAAGAUUAACAAUGCCUGCUUUUCAGUUAUGCGAGAAAAAAUCCAGUCUAAAUAUUACAAAACAUGGAGAUCAUUUGUGGAUGAUUUUGAGGACAUCUGUCAUAAUGCAAUGAGUUAUCAAGAGAAAGGCUCUAUGAUUUGGGAAGCUGCAAGCACUUUAUUGGACAAAGGUAAAAGGUAUUUAGAUCAGUAUGCAAAUAGAGCAAUUAAAUUUUUUGGUCUUCACACGAAAUUGGAGCACAGGAGCCCUUGUGAUCAUGGAGCUUCUAGCAAUGGCCAUUAUAAAAUAGAAACUAUGGUUCAUCAAGAAGGAGAAUCUAGUUUUUUAAAAAGUAGCAAAGAACAUGGUGCUGUAUUACAUGGGAAAUGCAAUAAUCUUCCCAAUCAGAAUUCUGUCAAUGUACUUGGAAACAGUGACAUGACUGAUCCCCAUCUAGAUGAGAGUUUCCAAAAUUUCCCUGGAUCUACUUUGUUGUGUACACAAAAUAUGAUAUCUGUUCAAGAGCAAGAUGAAUGCAGAUCAAAUGCUGAAGCUACAUUUGAUAUGAUUGAGGCUAACACACAAGUAGAUGACUUAAACGUGGAAAUCUUGGAUUGCACUGGAGAUGGAAACAGAUUCAAUCCUAUCAAUCAAGCCACUGAAUGUUCAAGUUCUUUUGGAGGUACAGAAGUUGACAUUGCUGAUGAUGAUGAUUCAGGAUGUAAGAUGUAUGAUGCUGCUGAAAUAGAGUCAGACUUGCGGAAUGGGAAUGGAGCGGCAAUUGCUCCAGAAUAUGAUUCAGGUGGAUUCCAAAAGAGGAAAAAGGCAUUAAGAGAUGAUUGGAAACAUAAUAGGCGGUGUAUUCAAUGGCGGUGCCAAUGGCUGGAAUUACGGGUUAAGGAGGUUCUGUCCCGAGCUUCAAAUUAUGACCGCUUAUUGGCAGAUGUGCAGGCUAAGAAGCAACAGAAAGGAGGAGGACAAGCUAUGGAUGCAAUGACAACAAUAACUUCCCCUCAAAUAGAUCAGAAAUACAGACAUCAAGUCUUUCAGCGCAAACGGAGAAAGAAAGUUGAAAGCAUGGUGGAAUUGUCUGCAUAUAUGUCCCACCACCCCUUGUUUUCCUUUUAUGAGAAGAAAAGGCUGGAUGCAGAGGCAGUUCCACUGGAUGAUGAUUGCUACAGCAUACUAAUUGAAGUUCACUUGGUGCAAUUGUACUUUGAGAUUUGUGAUUGGCUCUGGUUAUCCAGAUCAACAGGUGCAGGUGAGGUCAAUGAUGCAGGUUUAAAUGAGAAUGAUUAUGAGGGCCCUAUGGCCGGGCAAGAAUAUAAAAAUGGAGACAAUUCUUUAGAACAUAUGCUGGUGCACAUUGAAACUUUACAGUCACGAAUACUAAAACUGAAAAACCAGCUCAGCAAAUUUUGUUCUGGAAAAGUCGGAACAGUCUUUCCUGGAAACAUUUCAAGCAGUUUCUUGACUGCUGGCUCCUCAAAAUGUGUGUUGCAAAGCACUGCUCCUACCUUAGGUGAUUCAUCUAGGAUACAGACAACGGUUGGGGGAGGCUCAAAGUUGAACACAGGGCCCAAUAUUUCUUACCAACAGAAUUCUGAUUCUGAAUUUUGUCACUCAGUUAUGCCUUGUAACCCAACAUCAUCUUAUGUUGAAUUAGCUCAGCAUGAGUUUAUUGAAACUCCUGACUGGCGAUUUUUAGUCAGUGAUGCAAUUUUAGAUCUGCCUGAGAAGGAAGACUCCAGUGAUGAGGUCACAGAUGAAGAAGCUUACAAGCAACAUCAUGCACUUAUGGAGGUAAAAGAAAAAAAGCACCGGGACUUUCCUUUACGAGGUACAAAACGUUUUGAAGGUGAGAGCAUUCUUGGCAAAGGGACAUCUCACCAGCAGACAACAGAGGCAAUCGAAAGCGAGGUUGGUCAAACAGGAGGAGAAAACAUAUCAAACAUCUGCUUGCCCUUUGAUUUGUUUGUUCCUAAAUGCAAGAGGAAGAAAGCUCACUCCAGGUCGUCUUCUCUUCAAAAGGUUGAAGGUUUACAUGCUGUAAGUGUAGAAGAUCCGAAUUCCUCUUCUUUACAGGACCAUGAUAUGAAUGAAGUAAAAAUGGAAAACAAGGAAGGUACUGUGGGUGAUGAAAAUAGACAUGAUUUAUGAGCAGUUAGCUGAAGAUUGGGUUUAGCAUAGUUGAACGGAACCUGUCAAAAUGCUGUGUACGUUUUAGCAAAGGUAGGCUCACAUGUGCCAUUGUUUGUAGGCAAUGCUCGGCUUAAGCAAGUUUUGAAAGAAUUAUGUAAUUGCUCUGCAAAGGCUUAUUUUUGCCAUUUGCAAUCAUGAUAGGUGUCUGGUGUUUUUGGAUUUAGGAACCCUGUGAUUUGAGAAGGGUUCUUGUAUAAUAACUAAUAAGCGAUGCAUUCAUGUUUCUACCAGAUACCAGAGGAUAUGUAGGCAACGAUGAUAAUUCAAAGGUCAAACAUAAUUGCAAAUGCAAUAAGGUUGAGAAAUUUAAAAAAAAUCUCAACAUAACUUUUGCAUUUGCUGUUUGUAUUUUAUGUGGAGUGAGGCACAAUGACGCUUGUAUUUUUCAUAAGUAUCACAGAUGUACCACUAAUAUUUCAAAUUUUACAUUUCUUAAAGCCUCA